AUGACAUUAGUGUCGACUUCGUUUGGGACGUAUUCUGCAAAAACGAUCUGUUUUCAGUUACAAUAUUUAGAACAAUUUGGGUAUUUACCAAAAGUCGAGAAUGGUGUGGCAGCGAUGUUGAGCGAAACACUUGUUGAAGAAGCGAUUAGAGAACUGCAACAUUACGGUAAUAUCCCUGUCACUGGCAAAUUAGAUGAUGCCACUAAACAGCUAAUGUCACGCAAAAGAUGCGGUUUACCGGAUCGACCGAUCAACGAGUACCACCAUCGACAUCGAAGGAGGCACCGAAAACGUUACGCAUUAUCGGGCUUCAAAUGGGAGAAAAAAACGAUCACUUUCAGGUUCAGUUUUGAAAUAUUUUCCGCACAAUCGAUCGUUUUCUUUACGAUUUUACUAUCUUGCAACGUAGCUUUUUGA